AUUGGUUAAUUCUGUGUUGUUUUUCAAACUCUACGGCGGCGGCCUAUCUGCCUGGACACAUCUAAUGCUAUGAACAAUAGAAUGUAAGAAAAACAGUCAACGAUGAUGUCCAGGUAGACUUGAAAGAAGCAUACUGUACUCUCUCUUCCACAUGUCAUCUUGAGUCUGUUGUUUAUCUGGGGCGUGCUGUGUUUCGAAGAUACAGCGUGCGUACGUUCCGAAAUACGAGGUUUGCCAACCCGUGACAACACGACACUCGACAGCUUCGCCAGCUGAUAAGUUGUUCUCACAUUGAUGCUAACAAAUCUAAAGGGAAACUGUGAAUAUUCGUGGCUUGGACUUGUUCUGUAUAAGUGGCUUACUAUUUGUGUGUGACCCAAGUAAUGGAAGAUGUCUAAAAGCAGACGUGAACAUGGUCGACCUUCACUGCACUUGCCUUUGAGAACUUUAGCAACCAGUAAUACACUUUCACCUGCUUUCGGUUUUGGGAACUUUGGACCAUUCAAGAUGAAUUCUCCGAUGUCAAAUCUGGCUAUUAACCUAAGCGAACUGUCAACAGGGAGAGGUACACCUAGAAGAAAACUCUCAUUGUCAAGUACUGAUACACCAUCAUCAUCAUGUCACCCAACUCCGGAAAGAAUGAGUUCUACAGAGUCGGGAUGCUUCGUGGAUUCUCCAACUCCCCUCGACUCACCUACACUGGAAAUGAGCAUGCACAGAUUUGCCAAGAACAUCAAACCGGACAUACCUCCUGAGGCAUUUACAAAGAAGAAGACAAUCGCCUUCAGAAGGAUACAGUCAAUGCCGCUUCCCAUGAUGAGACUUAGUCCGAUUGACUUCAGUGGUGACAUGGACAAGGAGAACGAGAAGCGAACUUUGACCUUCAGUGACCUUGAUGCUGACAACAGCUCGGAAAGUCUGGACACUGACCAAGAGGUGACGAGACUCAUCCGGCCAAAGUUCUUCUCCGACGAGAACAGUUCCCAGGACAGCGGUGUGGACCUCGAGAGGGAUGGAAGGGAUGAGUUCCAGUUCGCGGCCCCCAUCGGCGUACCCCCACGUAACAAGAUGAAGAUUAUCAAUGAAGACACUUGUUCGCCCCACAAAUACUCACCCGUCAAGUACCUGACCGACAGUAACAGCGACUCUCCGUCACGACCACGAUCUAAGUCGGUCCCCGUUACAGGCCUGGAUUUCUCUGGUGCUAACAUUCGACCCAUGGAGGAGUCUGACAGUCCCCUCAAGUUUAACCGCCUUCUCAGUCACGACGAUGAAGAUGUAGAUGAUGGUUUCCUCGACUGCAUGGACAGUGAGAUCGCUCAGAUCAAUGAUAAUUAUCCCGAUGUGUCGGACACGAUGGCAUCCCUGUUUAGUGCUCCCGUUGUCAACGAGGAUCGCCUGGCGAGCCGGUUGGAGUUGGAGGAGGAGGAAGAGACGCCUGUGAUAAAGAGGUCGAACAGAAGACUCCUGAACAGAUCCCAGUCGUAUGAUGUACGAAGUCGACUCAACUCUAACAAGCGUGAACCCCCAACAGAUGACUCAACACCCACACAGAGUAAGCGCCGUCGAUCCAUCAUCUCGACCAGCUCUCCCGUGUUAGAGGAAGAAACACACAAGACGCAACCCAAGCCAAAACUCUAUCGUUGCCAAUCUGAAACAGAAGCUGUGAUUAAAUCGGCGCUGAACAGGAUUGCCACUGAACCCGACCUCAUCGGUGACUGUUCUAAGCCUUACUGCCUGCCAACAAUUUCUGGGAAACACCAAGAUCUCAAAGGCAUAGCACCGGAGACGAUGGUGGGUGUACUAAAUAAUGAUUAUGACCAAGACCUGGAAAAGUACAUCGUUAUCGACUGUCGGUACCCCUACGAGUUUGACGGAGGUCACAUUAAGGACGCAAAGAACAUUUACACAAAGGAGGGAAUCAUUGAAGAGUUCAUCAAAAAGCCCAUCACAUCGGACUCCAACAAACGUGUCGUGCUCAUCUUCCACUGCGAGUUCUCCUCAGAGAGAGGUCCAUCCUUAUUACGUUUCCUCAGGAAGAUGGAUCGAGAUGUAAACAAAGAGUGCUACCCCGCCCUCCACUACCCAGAGCUGUACCUCCUCGAGGGAGGAUACAAGCUUUUUUACCAGGACUGCAAGGAUCACUGUGAGCCACGAAGCUACAAACCCAUGCUACACAAGGACCACACAACCGACUACAGACAUUUCCGGGCCAAGUCCAAGUCGUGGGCAGGAGAAAAGGCUGGUAGGACAGGAUUCAGACCUCUCAAGUUCUGAGUGGGUUUCCUGUAGACCUUGUGAAUUAGGCAGCUUUAGUGUACCCCAGGGCCCCGGGACCCGCCUAGCCGACCACCGUGUCAUUGUAAUGAUGGAACAUUUAGCAUCAAUGGUGUCCAGUGUUUCUGUGGGUUACGCUUUUUAUUGACAAAUUACUCCAGUGGUAACCGUCCUAUACAAACAAUCGAGAGUGAUCUCGCAGUGUCAACAGAACUGUUUGUGCUGUUCACUUUACGUGAGGCUUGGCGACAGGAUGAGGAUGCUAGAAUGUGCUGAAGCCGUUUGGCCCGUUAUCUCGCCUGAUAACAUCUUACAUUGUCUCUAUCCCAUAUCUUACUCCUACAACUGUCUCUUGCUCUGUUUUAUUUCUCUUCCUUUUUGUACCUUGUUUUAAGUUGUUUUUGUUUGUUUGUUUUUUGAAAAUUUAAGGUUGUUUAUAAGAAAACAAAAAACCUGAAAAAGCUACAACUUAUACAACAAAAGACUAUUAGUACUUUGCUACAAAUGAAGACAGUCUCAGUGCUGUUAACUAUUGACUGUUGGAAAUGAUUCGAGAUUGUAUGUGUGUGCGUGUGUGUACAUAUGUGUUGCUGUGUAUUGUGUUCGUUUUACCAAGCCCUGUGUGUAUAUGGAACAGUAACUCCAGUUAGAAUCACUUGGUUUCAUAAUUGGAAAAAUAUUCUGAAAAGAUUUUUGAAAUUUUUAAAUAAUUGAAACUGAUAUCCUUAGUUUCGACACUUCUUAGUGUCAAAUCAGCCAUGAUUUCGUCAUUGAGCUCCACGAGAUCUUCUAAUAGAGGAAUGGGUUUUUUUCAUUUAUAAAACCAGUAGAUCAGUCUGGUAGGCAAUCUGUUCCCACCCGUUAACCCCUGUGAAUACACCUCAUUCCAAGCCUUGUACAGAAUGUAUGUGGUGUACAUAGAUGUAGCAAGUAAAAUAUUAUCAAAGCAUUAUAUCUAUUUAUUUCUGUCGGCUCCCCAGGCAGUGUGUUUGUCUAAUCCGAUAGUGCUGUAGUGUUAGUUAUGUGUGGGUGGAUGGGCCGUGUUGUAGUGGCAAGUUCUUGUGUGUGUGUGUGAGUGUUCACUUAAUGCAAAAUGGUUGAACCAACUUACCUUUAGCAAAAUUUGCUGUUUCUGCUGUUUUGUUGUACCCAUAUGGAGACAUGUAUAUCUGUUUUGGGUUAAGCACUCCGAUAUGUGUAAACGUUAUUAUCAUUUUCAACCUUCUGGUGUGAAUUUUUGCAUAUUUUCAUAUUUAGAUUAUUUUGAGAAACGAUCUAAUUGGGCAAAAAGCAGCACAAGUAUUAGCAGGUUGAAAUAUAUUUUGUAUUUGACAUUUAAAUAUUUCUGAAAUUCUGAUCAAGUGGUUAAAAUAUGAUAUCUAUGUUAGUAUUGAAAUUGAAAUUUUGUAAGAUAAUAUCCUAAAUGACUGGAGAGUAUGUUCAUUUAAAGUGGUGUGCGAGAGAUCUUUGAUGAAAAUGAUUGUAAUAGAAUGUAUCAUGUGUGCUGAUAGCUGUUAUGUGUAGUAAGAGGUUUGAAGUGAGAAAUGUAAAGUGAGAAGUCAGUCUGCUGUUGUACAAGAUUUGUGUGCGUGUGUACGUGAGCUAUAACGGGUGCCAUUACCUGUGGGAGAGAGGCCUACGGGACGCACUGUAUACAUACUGUAUAGCAAAUACAGAGUCUAUUUAUAGUAUACACAGUCAACUUGUUCUGACAUAUUGUGCAAAGGGCAGACAACUCACAAAUGACAAAAUUCAGAGUUUGUUUCAUAGUAUAAAUGAGCCUGUUUUAAUUAUUCUAUGAAUCAUGGCACUGUUGUUUUAACACUGAAAUAGAGAAAUACUUUCAGGGAUUUUAUUGUUUUAUUUUUUUAUGCAUUAUUUUAUUAAUGUUUAAAAUCUUGAAAGCUUUAGCCUGAAUAUGUCAAUUUUAGGCUUCAUUCUUUUAUUUUGUUCUUAUAGGUUAUUUCUCAAUCACAUUUCUUCCGUUAACAUUCUAAUUUCUUUUUCUUUAUCCUAAAACUGUCUUUCCAUCUAUUCUUUCUAUCUGAAUAUAAAUAUAUAUGAAUACUUAACUGGAGAGAUGUGAUUGGGGAACAAACGUUUUCUUUUGUUAUGCAUUGAUUAAGUUAUUUUAAUUUAUUUCUAAUAGAGUUUCCUAUAAAAUACCGCAGAUCUGCUUCAUUAAGUGGGUGAGAUAGGAUAUUACCAGUCCAGUGUUGUAAUGUGUACAGUAGAUUAUAAUAGAAAUAGAUAGUUGAUAUUGUAAAUAUAAACUGGCUUACUAGUACAAAAUAUUGUAAAAGUACCUCUAUGGAAAUGUUUUGAAGAUGACGUCUGAAUUUUUUUUUGAAAAAUUGGGUUGUUGUAAAUCGCUGUCAGGCUUAUUGUAAGGAAGAGAAUAGUUUACUACCUCUCUGGUAAUACAGGUAUGGAGCGGUAUUGUCAGGUUUGUUAUUGUAACAGGGAGUUCGCUAGUGUAUAGUACAUCUGCAUAUAGAUAUGCCUCUGCUUCAUAGCUGAAUUAUGAGAAAUAUAGAAAUACAAUGGUGUUGAUGUGAAAAUAAUUAACAUGAUGACUACAUACUGAUGGUCAGUAUCGAUUUAUCUCGGUCAAGGGGCGAUAUGAUGUUACCAGUGUAUCUCCGACAGCUGAGAUUAACCGGUAAUGAUCAUAGACAUGUACUAAAAAGUUAAAACUAUAUAUAAAUUGAUAUUUAUAUAGCUUUUAUUUCAAUAUAGCUUAUACCAAUAGUAAAUAGUGUCCAUUUAUUGUGUUGUAAGUGGUGGAAAAACAAACAGGAAAAAAUCUAUUUUUCACGAAUUUGAUGAAAUUUGAUUGUCCGUGUUAAAAGAAGAAGACAUAUUUCUGUCCACCAAAGCUCUGAUCAUUCAAACCUUUAUAAAUCAUCUCGCCUUUAAGACGUUCUUAACCAGAUAUCGAUAUUUGUGAGCGAAAUUGUUCUCCCUUAUCUCUUUAGAGGAAAAGACGUGCAAUCUGGGAUUGUUGAUAAAAUAGAAAUCACCUAUCAUCAACUCAUUCAAUCUAGAAAAUAAUCAUGAGUGCAAUAAUAUCAAUAGAGUUAUGAUUAGAGUACCGGGGUAAGAUUUUUUUUUAUGUCCCAAUAACUAGCGACUCAUUCUGGCUGGAGCAUAAGGUCUAUCAAAUAUUAAGAUUUAAGAUGAUUUGUAGUUUUAAAACAAAGAUGGCUUUAGUUUGCUAAACAGAGCAUUUGUGAUGCCAAAACCACGGGCAUGGCACAGAUCCCAACAGUUUGUGUGUGUCGCACGAUCUGUGCCAUGCCCCUGUGGCCGAAACAUGCCUGUGAUAUGUAGAUGAUGCAUCCUGGGAGAUAGAUAUAAAUAAGCGGGUAGGUGAUUAUGGAGAGAAAUAUUUUCAAAUAAAUUUAUUAUAGAUAAAUAUCAAAUUAUUAUAAAGAAAAAUAAGAGGUUAACCUAUGAAAUAUCUGUGUGUUGUCGUGUGGUGUCGUGCCAGGCUGCUGAUUCGACUAUAUAUGCGUUGGUAUCCAAGCAGUGUUUGUCAGCCUGCCAAUAUUGUUUUACAACGUUGUAUUAUUUAUUCACAUACACUAAUCUACAUCCCUCCAAACAACUGUAAAAGGGACUUGUGUCAAAUCAUAUUGAGUGUAAUAAAUUUUUAUCUACUUAAAUUG